UUGCGCAAUAAAAGCAGAAGUGCAUUAGUCACCGGCUUAGAAGACUCAUAAAGGCUCCAGUGUCGGUCUGUCGUCCAGCAGAACACCUUCAUCAGUUUCACCAUCCGUCAACUCUGCAACCAUCUGAAUUACCCUGAUCAUGGCUGUGACCAACCAACCAGGCAGAUACCAGGUCUCUGAGUUCCAGACCGGCCUGUGUGAUAUUUGCGACGACAAAAGUGUUUGCUGCUACGGUAUGUGGUGCUACAUGUGCCUCGGCUGCUCCAUUGCCAACGACAUGGACGAGUGCUGCCUGUGUGGGCUGGGAAUGCCCAUCCGAAGCGUCUACAGGACCAAAUACAACAUCCAAGGCUCAAUGUGUGAAGACUUCAUCACGUCCUAUUUCUGUCCGUGCUGUGCCACCUGCCAGCUCAAGAGAGAUAUUGAACGCAGGAAGGAACAAGGCAUUUUCUGAACUGAUGCUGUCACUGCACCAGGCAAGCUGUGAAUGGGCUGGACUCAUUGAAGCAUUGGUGGUUACGGCCUUUUCUGCUUUUGAUUAAGAUUGCGUAUGACGGGCAUUACAGUACCACGCAACCUUUAAUAGUGUUGUAAAUUGACCAUCCAUGUGAUUUUUCUAGAUAAAACUUUUAUUGUCUGAGGGAAAUUAUAUCGACCUACGCCAGCCGGUUAAACAUUAGUCGGCUGCAACGCAACUUUAUUGCUCCUGUUAUGAUUCUAAUCUGAGCAGUUGAUGUGGGAAGAUUACCACUGACUUUAAUUAUGUAAGACAGCUGUUACUGAAGCCGAAACAUGACUGCUGACAUGACACCGCAUGUAGCCGACUAAUUCUACAACAGAUGUUUGAAUCUUAAAUCACAAGUUUCCCCAACUGGGGAUAAAUAAAGUUUAUCUUAUGUAAGUUGAACUAAACAGCAACAAGCUGCUUCAAAAUGCAUUUUAUAUGUCUUGAUGAUCUCAGACGUGGAAAAAGUAUAUUAAAUGGAUCCUGAUGAACUUCUCACCUUGACGCUGAAAGUCUGUAAAUCUGGUCUGCCAAUAAAAACUUUUUAUUUUGAAUCAGAA